UUCGAGUAUGUCGCAAAACCGAUUAUACUAUCAUCAACAGGAGAUAAUGAUAAUCCUUUUAGCUUCGAAGAAACCUAUGAAAAGUCGGGUCACGAUAGGUGCAUCAUACAGGUUCCAGCACACAGCGAUAAUGACGAAGAUAAUCACAAGAAAAAAGUUUCUUGCGACUCCCCAGUCGGAUCUGCUACAAAUUCCAGGGUACCCGUAACACCAUAA